AAGCAUCAGCACUGUCAUGGAGAGAUUAAUGCUGUGAAGCUCUGAUACUCAGAAUACAGGUAAUGUCAGAUACUUGGGUAAGCUACUGCUGUAGCCAGCAGUUUUGCCCUAUGUCCACUAUAAGACUAUUGAAGAAGAGACCGCACUUUUUUUCACUUUUGUCACGUAUGAUCCACAGCAUGAGGGACCUUGGACACAGAGUACCUGGGAGAGAAGCCAAUAUGUAGCUCACCCCAGCAUGACUGGGCCCAGGGAUAGAAGACAGAGACAAAAUGGCAAAGAAGAGACAAAAUCUAAGAAGAAUCUAUAGACCAAAAAGCUAAGAUCCUUUUCCGCUGCCACAGGUCGUCGUGACACCAGGCCCAGUAUGGAGUGUACAGAGAUUCAGAAUCAUUCAGCUGGACUCUCUGGACCGUUCCUUGGGCACAACCUCAUGACACUCACCCCUGCACUGACUGCCAGAAACACAGACCUAUAAACAAGACAGCCAUGCACAACAGCACCUAUGGGUUAUUACACAUCUGCUUGCGAGGAUCCUCGAUGAGAGGCACGGGCUUUUUGGGCAUCGAGAGCGACAGGCAGUGAACUGCUCUCAGCACAAAGAAGCGCUCAAAGGCCACGUCCACGAAGCCUCCAUCUCGGAAAGCCAAUGGUCAGGAACGCGCGCAAAGGCAGACCUACCAUCUGUGUAAAACGCCGGGAAAUCAGACAGGCCUACAGGCCAUAAUCACAGUAGCCUGCAUGAUCAGAUACCUGCAGUCCUGAGCCAGUGAAGCGGCAAAGCAGCCAGACAGCCGUGUGGAACCCGCAGCCAAAUGGAGCGGAAAAACCCGCUGGACGGUGUCUCUCCCAGCUCCACCAUGCCCCUGUUUGGCUGGAUGAAGUGGACCUGGGGGAAGGCGGAGUCCACAGAGGCGGGGGCGGAGUCCAGCUGCGUGCUGAUGCGCGAGCUGCUCCGGUAUAUGGAAGAGCGCCAAAGGCUGGCCUGUGACAUGGAACGACAGCACCAGCAGACCCAGGGCAUGAUGGGAUACCGCCGGGUGCAGAGCUACCCCAUCCCAAGGCCUCCCAUUCCCCCUUCGGAACGCCGGGCACUGGAAUGUCUGUGCGCCCAGAUCCGGCCCGCGAACACGGCCGCGGUGCUGUCCAGGUGUCAUGAGGUGCUCACCGCCCACAACAUUCUCCCUUGGGAGCUGGUGUACGUCUUCAAGCAAGUGCUGAGGGACUUCCUGGACGAAGAAGAGGAGGGGACCAGCCGCUUCCAGGUGAAGCGGGGCAUCACCGUGCCAACGUCGGCCAACGGCAGCGAGCCACUGUGCAAGGAGAUCCCCACCAUCUCCAGCUAUGUGGACAAGAGGAUGCGAGGCGUCCGCCCCUAUGAGGCCCCAAGGGACUGGGACCUGCCCUAUGGAUACCCUGGGCCCAUCUAGUGCCCAGAGACCGAGAGCACCACCCACCAGGGGGUCCAUACUCACCUCACUGGUGUUAUGUGAGGAACAGGACACCCUUUAGAAUAUAUUAUACACACAUACAUACACACAUACAUACAUACACACACACACACACACACAAAUAACCCAUCCAGCAAAGUAGACCUUUACUUCCUGAAGUGUAUCUCACAGUACCAUACACAUUUAUAUGACACUAUAAACAAUGUUGGGUAAGUACCAUUAAAAAUGUAAUGCCGUACUAGUUACCUGCUGAAAAAUGCAAUCAGUAACAUGAUCCAAGUACCUCAAAAUAAAAGUAAUACACCUAAUUGUAGUUAUUUUGGAUUACAUCAAUGACAACUAAACACAGGAGUAAACAAAUGACAAAAAGAUCACUUAUUAGGCAAUUAUACUGUCCCACAUAAGUAUUUAAGAACAGACGUCAACAUCUCUCAGAAAAUGGCGUGAUGUCAGCUUCGCAUUCUUUAUAAAUGCAAUAGAAAACCAUUCGUCGAUUUUAGAUGUAUUAUUAUUAAAUCUAGAAGCAAUCUUGAUUUAUUAUUUACGAUGGCGGCGCGCAUAGAUGCUCCCCAAACAGGCGCUUUUAUUUGUUACAAAUUGUAACACUUUUGAUUUCAUUUCUCAGUAACUGUAAAGGAAUAGUUACUUGGUGUUUUGUAUCCCGAUUACGUAACGCAGUUACAUAUAUCGCGUUAGUAUCGCGUUUAGUCUCAAAAGCCGCACCCAUGAAAACCAUGACCAGUAGAGUCGAAAACAGCCAGUUUCACGCUCCAUCAUGAUGUCGGAGCAAGAUAGUCUCACACUGUUAAUAUCUUCAGAGAUCAUAUUUUAAUGUUGCACGUUCGAGUUGGUAAUCGGGAUCAUAUAAAUGUGUGUGCACCUGACGUCGUUGUGUUCCUCGUUCUCAAUGUUAUGUUGCUGUUCAUCUCCUGCAAUACACAUGGACUCAUGCUGGGGCACCAACAAACCGGCCUAACACACACCACUUUUUUUAACGUCUUUUACGCAAUCGCUUUAAAAUUAACUAAACGCCGGUUAUACCCAGUCAUUAUUAAUGCAGGCAGGUGGGCAGCUGUGGAAGCACCACCCAGGUGUCGGUUCUUAGACCAACACCGGCGAAAUCACAGAUGGCGGCCAGGCCCUUACAGCCAGUGAGGUCUGAGACCCAGGGUGGGCGGUCGGUCUCGUCUAUUACAAUAUUGACAGCGUCCCCUCCAUAAGUGGUGUGAAUAUUUAGCUUCAAGUUUUAUCAUGACACUCGGUGACCUCAUAGCUGGCUACGGCCCUGAUGGCGGGGAUCUGAGCAGG